UAUGUUUAACAGACGGCUAACAGAGGAGGGGAGUUGCAAAAAUAGCCAAAAACAAAACACAGUGGAAGAAGAAUAAAGACACAACACGAAGAAUGGGAUAUACAUUGGAAUCUAAAACCCUAAUUCAUAAUGUGUAUGAUAAACCCUAGAAGAAGAUAGUUGAUAGACGAAUUUGAAUCACGGUGUACCUCUGCAGCUUCGACUAUCAAAUCAAGAUGUUUUCGAUUGCAGCGAUCAAUACUGAAUCCAAAGAGAAGUGGGAACCUUUAGCUCCUAGCAAAGAAGCUCAGGAGUUUCAUCUGUCACAAACAUAUCAUGAUGGUCUUCUCAAGCUGCAAGCUAAAGACUAUGAGAAGGCUCGGGAGCUGCUUGAAUCUAUCCUUAAGGAUCCUAUAAUAGCUAACUCCAAAGUGGAGACUAUUGCAAACGAUAAUCAUCUCCAUCAUCUCAGAUUUUUGGCUCUGAAGAACCUUGCCAAUGUAUUUCUUGAGCUAGGUUCCAGUCAUUACGAGAAUGCUUUAAACUGUUAUCUUCAAGCUAUAGACAUAGAUGCAAAAGAUUCUGUGCUGUGGAACCAUCUUGGAACCCUAUCAUGUUCUAUGGGACUACUGAGUAUUUCACGAUGGGCAUUUGAACAAGGACUUCUCUGCAGCCCUAAUAACUGGAACUGCAUGGAGAAACUUCUAGAAGUUCUCAUUGCCAUAGGUGAUGAAGUUUCCUGUCUUUCAGUUGCAAAUCUGAUUAUAAGGCAUUGGCCAUCACAUUCUCGUGCUUUGCAUGUUAAACAUUGUAUUGAGGAAACAGAUUCAGCCCCUUUUGCGCCCAAGGGUAUAGAUAAACUUGAACCUCACCACGUUCGGCUCAAAUUUCUUGGCAAGAGAAAGGUGUCUGACAUGAAUCAGGACUUGAAUGCUGCCUCCAAGAAGUUGAAAAAAAGUGUGCAAGUUAAACUUACUGAAGCUUCAUGGGUGGCACUGAUAAAUAUUCUUAUUGGGAUAGUGCAGCCUUCGCGUGAAACUGUGGGCAUAUCCGCUGAUAUACCAUUAACCAUUGAAUUAGCUCUUAGCACAGAGGCUGUAAUGCAAUGUCUGGAAAAGAAGGAUAAUUUUGUGGAUUCUGAUUCAAGUAUUGUGUCUGUUAAGGAUUGCAACUUUGAAAGAGAAAGUGGUGGUGCUGUAAAAGAAAAAGAACCUGUGUUUUCUGAAGAACACCCCCAAGAAAGGCGGAGUACUCGUCUUGAACGGCUUCGGAACCAGAAACCUGAGAAGGAAGAGUUAGAAUGUGAUAAUAGCAAGGAUCCUAGCAGUGACAUCCUUCAAUAUCUUGAGAAUUUUGUCAUUGAAAGGGGAUUCAACAGAGUAUCUGCUGGUUCUUUCUGCCUUGAGGAAUCUGAUCCAAGUUCUGAACACGCUGUCGUUUCUAAUUUUGUGAAGGAAAAUUCAGAAAAUUAUGGUGCGUAUCAUAUGGGUCACUUGCUUCUAGAAUAUAUUGCUUGUGAAUGUGAACAUCUAUUGACUCGUGAUACUGGCUUAAAAAUUUUGGAGCUAGAAAAGCUCACAAGACACUGGGGCCGAGAUCGGAAACCUGAAUGCAGUCUUUUUCUCGCCGAGCUGUACUUUGAUCUUGACUCUAAACGGUCAGAUAGUCCUGAUGGCCCAUCAUGCAUGGUAGAAGUAACAUAUCAUCUCUCAAAGAUAAUUGAAUCUGUUUCCCUUGAUUAUGCUAUCGACUCUACGCCUAUUUCUUGGGAAAAAAGUUUUUCUGACUCCGCCUUUAAGAGUUUUCAAGGUGAUGAGACUGCUAAGGAGGUGUUAGAUUAUAAUAAAAGAUCUUUCUGGGUUCGAUAUUUCUGGUUGAGUGCACGGUUAUCAAUUUUGGAGGACAAAAAAGCUAAAGCACUUGAAGAACUUUUCAAGUGUGUGUCAUUGUUGGACAAGGAAGGUAUUGGAGAAGCUCCUGUCUUAAUUCAGCUGCCUCACUGCAGAAGAACUCCAGAGCUGAACAUCGACACAAUCAUUCAUGAAAUAAAUCUGCUUAAGAUUGAUUUGUUGUUGGAAAAUACUAUACCUGAGAUGAUGGAGAAAGAAGUUUAUUCGGAGUGUGUAAAUUUACUUUCACCUCUUUUAUUUUCAAAUAAAGACAUCUUGCCUGCAUACGCUUUGAAAACGGAAGAAGGGCUCUCCUCUGUUGAGUUAUCAGCACUUGACGUUUUAAUAAAAGCAUGCCAGAAGAGUAAGCCUAUAGAUGUUGAGGUUUAUAUGAAUUGUCAUAGAAGAAAGUUGCAAGUUCUCCUGGAAUCAACUGGUACGGGAGGAUCUGUUGUGACACCUAAAACCCCGUCUAAAGAUUCAAGUGAGAGUUGGGAUCACUUGGUGGCGGAGGAAGUCAAGGCAAUUCUUCUCUGUAUCUCUCAAGUGAAGAACUUCCUUGACCAGUCAGGAAACACUAAUGGCAUGGUUGCCCCAAGAGAUUGUGUAGCUGGUAUACAAGCUUUGCUUUUGACAGUCAUGUCAUAUAUCGUGAGGCAUUUUCUUUCUAAGAGAUAUUCAGAUUCUCAAAAUGCUGAUGGGAUUGAAGAAGAGAAGAAGUCUUGCUUUCUCGAUGCAGCUAUUGGAUUCUGUAAACUUCAACACCUUGAUUCUACCAUAUCUACUAAACAUCAAGUUGAGUUGAUCAUAGGUCUCCAUAAUUUGCUUGCUGAAUAUGGGCUUUGCUGUGCUGGUAUAAAUUGUGCGGGGGAGGAAGGAGCUUUUCUUAGAUUUGCGAUUAAGCAUUUAUUGGCUGUGGACAUGAAAGUCAAAUCCAGUAUUAACUCCCCAGAUGGUCUUGAUAUGGCAUUGCCUGACAAAUUCUGCAGAAAUGAAAUAAAAUCAUUUCUCGCAGAGGUGCAUGUUGAGAAAAACGGAAACAAUAAAACAGAUUCCAAGAAUGAUGGUUGUGAAGGACAAGUUGAUAAAAGGGAAAAAGAACAGUCAGAAGAAGAAAGCAAACCGAUUCCGGAACACACUGAAGAAGUUGCUGAAGAAGAAAAAGAUGAACUUGAGUUGUCGAUCAACAACGCUUUAGAUCAAUGUUUUUUUUGCCUGUAUGGUCUGAAUCUUAGAGUUGAUGGUUCCUACGAAGAUGAGCUUGCUGUGCACAAAAACACUAGCCGGGGAGACUAUCAGACAAAGGAACAAUGUGUUGAUGUCUUCCAGUACAUACUACCCUAUGCCAAGGCUUCAUCUAGAACUGGUCUAAUUAAACUCCGAAGAGUCUUGAGAGCAAUAAAAAAGCAUUUUUCACGACCACCAGAUGAUCUCCUAGUUGGCAAUGUGAUAGAUAAAUUUUUAGAUGACCCUGAUUUAUGUGAAGACAAACUCUCAUACGAGGCUGGUUCUGAAGGAUUCCUCGAAACCAUAAUUAAAUGUAUAAUUCCCAGCAGAACUCUCAGUGAGUACAAGUUCCGAUCCAUAUUUGGACGUCUACCGCAACUUGUAUUAUUUCCUAGCUCAGUCUGAGGAAGUUAGUGCUAGUGAUAAGUGGCCCGGCUUUGUUCUCACGAAGGAAGGAGAAGAGUUUGUACAGCAAAAUGCAAAUCUAUUCAAAUAUGAUCUGCUUUACAAUCCUCUGCGCUUUGAGAGUUGGGAAAAACUUGG